UACAGUUUACACUAGUUUCAAUGUUCAGUCUGCUUCUAGCCAUCGCUUGGGAUGGUCGCGUUGAUGUAAUGUUCUUAUUGUGAAUGCGAAAGUUGCGUGCUUAUUUACUUGAUCUGUUUUGGAUACUAUUACGGAUGUGUGGAGGAAAUAAGAUAACUUGUUUAAAAUGAGCCUGUCUUUGUCACACAAGCUACUACAGUUCUAAGAUAACUUUGGAGAUCUUUAAGAAGACUUAUUAGAUAUAUUAAAAUGGAGCUGCGAAUAAUUGGUAUCCUAUACAUAAUUGUCAUUAUGGCUUUAGUCAAUGAAAUGUCGGCCGUCCAACCCAGGGACAACACUAAACGACGAACGAAAGAAAAGGGAGGAUUUCAAAAGAACAUCUGUGAUAUCACUGAUAGGGACUCAAAAGUGCACUGCUACUGUGAAAACACGAGAGAACCAAGGAACGCAACAAAAGCCGAGUGCUGGGUGUUCAAUGGAGGUAUUCCCAGGGAUGACCUCAUCUGGCAAAGUUUCGCGUCACAACCAACUUUGGAAACUUUGUCUUUCAACAUCCGCGUUGACGGCGCGUUAGGCUACGUGCCAACCAAAGCUCUCCAGUACUUACAGAAACUUCGAUCCAUAAACAUAAAGUAUGGAAACAUAGUUGACAUCGCCCCCCUCGCAUUUGCAAACCUAACUAACCUGAAAGAAGUAUCGUUGUCUCAGAACCAAAUCGAAACCCUGCAACCAUUUGCUUUUGCUCACUUACCCAAUAUCACAGUUAUAAAUUUGGAGGAAAAUACGAUACUCGAAAUUGGAAAAGAUUUUUUCGUUGAUCUCCCUAAGCUACAAAAGCUAGUUCUGACGAAAAACAAUAUUACAACGAUUAGCAACGGGGCUUUCCAGCACACGUUCAACCUUUUGGAAUUGGACCUGAAUAAAAACAGCAUAUUCCAUCUAAACCGUCACACGUUUGAUGGAUUGGCGAACUUGCGGAAAUUGGAUCUGAGGAAGAAUCGUAUUUACAAUUUGACAGAAUUCACGUUCGCUGAAUUGUGGAAUUUACAAGAGUUACUUUUGGGGAAGAAUGAAAUAAAGUAUAUAUCUGCGAGGGCAUUUGACGGUCUGUCCCAGCUGCGGAAGUUAUCCCUUGACGACAAUAAACUGGCCGCUAUACCCCCGGGCUUGUUUGAAGGAGUGCGAGGCCUUAGCUCCCUCGAUCUGCGUUCGAAUGAGCUCCACGCGUUAACUUUCGACAAUAUAAAGCCCAUAUUGGAUAAUUUGAAACCUCUAAACAGCAAUUUGCUACUUGAAGAGAACAACUUCGUCUGUGACUGCAGGCUGAAAUGGAUGCAUUCAUUACGAAACGAGACAAAAAGUCAAAGCACUAAAGAUUCUCUCGAUGGCGUGACCUGCAAAAUGGAUCCACCAAUAGUCAGCUCGGCGUAUAACAAAAUGGACGAUAAAAUUAAUUACAUCCAGGACACGGCGAAACAAAACACGACAGAUGAAAUCUCAAAGAAGGGCGUGAAACGAAACGUUUUGAAAAUUCCCACUGAAACAUUACCGUGUCGCAAAGAAACUAUUAAAACAACAGAAACACCGUUUAUCGUGGACCCAGUUAUACCAAUUCAGAAUGAAAUGAAAACUUUCGGAUUUCAUGAAAUGAAUUCAGCCUGUGGAGUUUCGCUCCCAACUCUGUUGCUAUGGGCCGCGUCUUUUGUUUUCUUUUUUACUUAGAGUGUCUAUACCGUGAAAUUAUACUAGAAUAUUACUAAACCUUCAGUAUAAACACCAUAGGAUCAUCAUGAUAUAUGAGAUAUAGACUUUUAGCAUAAUCCUAUGUAAAUAUUUGUCGUGAAACUGUAUAUAAAAAUUAACCAGGUUUUUGUUCAACUGAAAAAUUGAAUUAGCAAUUAAUUAAGUUUAAUUUGGGAGUUUAAA